AUGCCCUCUGAUAUGGCUGCUUUUUUGAAACAGUUCAUUUAUUUAGGUGAGUUAACUUGGAUAUUACAUCAGUGGCAGAAAAAUAUGUAUUCGGCCAAUCCAUUUGAUGUACCAUCAGUUGGGUAUUUGCUGGUAGAGAAGCUAUCGCAAGUUAUAAUGAAUGAUGGUGGUGCAUCGGUUAAUCUUCUAAAAAAGCAGCAGGAUUAUUCAUGGAAUCAUCUACCAGAGUUGCAUCCGAAAGGUCUCGGAUGUUAUUUUUUAGGAUCUUCCUUUGAACGACGCUUACGAGAUUUCUAUAGGUUGACAGAGGAUAUCCGUGAAGCUCAUCUGGAACAAAGUGACGAAAUAUGUCUUUGCUUGGAACGAAAACAAUUGUUGAAGGAAACGCGAAAACAAUUAGCAGUAGUGCCAAAUGAGAUUUUCUUAGAAAUGGAAGAAAUGUGGAUGGAUUAUUAUUGUAAAUUGUAUUUUGUUGGAAAGAGAGUUGAAAUGUUGAUGACACGUAUUCAGUACGAGCUACGUCCAGCAUUAGAGUUCCUAAAUCGCGGAAACGUAUACGAUGUGACGUAUGGUCAAUUUUCGUUUUCAAUGGGUAAUUAUUUCCGAUUUCUUGUCAGAGGAUUGUGGGUUUACGAUCACAUCAUUCAGGAAGAAAUAGAAAACGAAACAAGUCGUUGUAAGCAGUUGGUGAGGCACUGGGCUGAAAAGGGAUUAGUUUUAGAAAGAGAUCUGGAAGCAUUACGAUUCUGGAAAUCGGAUGGUUUGAUUUUCCUUCUAAUCGCAAUCUUUUUUCCUUUUUUUUGGAUAUUUAGAACUCUUAUGUUUUAA